UUUCCUACUUAAUACUAAUCUUUUCUAAGUAAUAUGGCAUUAUUUGCUACCACACUAGUGUUCUAUUUUUUGCUUCUUGCUCCAAUUUUGAUUUAUUCCUCUCAUGUUGAAGAUCCUGAAUUAGUGGUCCAAGAAGUGCAAAAGAGCAUAAUUGAGAAUCAAAACAGAAGAAAAUUGGGUUAUUAUUCUUGUGGCACAAACAACCCAAUUGAUGAUUGUUGGAGAUGUGACCCAAAUUGGGAAAAUAACCGCAAACGUCUAGCUGAAUGUGCUAUUGGAUUUGGAAGACAUGCAAUUGGAGGUAAAGAUGGUAAAUAUUACAUAGUAAGUGACUCAAGUGAUGACCCUAUAAAUCCAAAACAAGGUACAUUAAGACAUGCUGUUAUUCAACAAGAGCCAUUAUGGAUUAUUUUCAAACAUGACAUGGUGAUUAAUCUAAAAAUGGAUCUUCUAAUGAAUUCCUACAAAACAAUUGAUGGUAGAGGAGUAAAUGUACACAUAGCUGAAGGACCAUGUAUUAGGAUACAACAAAAGAAUAAUAUUAUAAUUCAUGGUAUACAUAUUCAUCAUUGUGUAAGAGGUGGUAGUGGCUAUGUGAGUGAUUCACCUAAUCAUCGUGUGUUGAAAACAAGAUCAGAUGGUGAUGGGAUUACAAUUUUUGGUGGGAGGCAUAUUUGGGUGGAUCAUUGUUCUUUGUCUAAUUGUUUUGAUGGUUUGAUUGAUGUUGUUCAUGGAUCAACGGCUAUUACUAUUUCUAAUAAUUAUAUGACACAUCAUAAUAAAGUUAUGCUUUUGGGACAUAGUGAUUCAUUUGAUGAGGAUAAAAUUAUGCAAGCUACUAUUGCUUUUAACCAUUUUGGAGAAGGGCUUGGGGGAAGAAUGCCAAGAUGUAGGUUCGGAUACUUUCAUGUGGUGAACAACGAUUACACACAUUGGCAACAGUACGCAAUAGGCGGAAGUUCAUCCCCAACUAUUUUCAGUCAAGGCAACAGAUUUCUAGCUCCAGAUGAUGAUGACCACAAAGAGAUCACAAAGCACUUUGACUCAUCAAAGGGUGAAUGGCAGAACUGGAAUUGGAGGUCUGAAGGAGAUCUAAUGUUGAAUGGUGCAUUCUUCACGCCGUCUGGAGCAGGAGCAACUUCUUCGAGAUACGCCAAAGCCUCGAGUAUGUCAGCACGACCACCUAUGCUUGUGGCUUCAAUGACAGCAGGAGCUGGAGUUCUUAGAUGCAAAAAGGGUUAUCAAUGCUACUAGAUUGCUAAUAGUAUCCACUGCGCCAAGAAAAUGAGGAUUACCGAUAUCAAUUAGGACAAGUGACAUCCAUUCCCAUGAAGGUGAAUGUAGGAUAGAAGUGUGUGUUGUAAAGUAGUAGUAGUUACAAAUAUUAGAGAGCAAGUUUGUGCUGUUGUCUGUUGACAAAAAUAUGUAGUCCAUACGUAUAUUUGCGUUGCUUAAAAGACCACUGCCGUUUCAUCUAAAUAUGGAAAAAUUUGCCUCUGCACUAUUAGAAAACCUUUGGUCUUCAAACUAUACACAUCUUCAAAUUUGUUCAAAAUUCAAAAUUAUGCAAAGAAAUGGAGUGUGGGACAGA